AUGGCCUUGCAAGGAGCUGCUUCUUCUUCUUCUUCCUUUUUUUCUUUCACCGACCGCUGGGCAUACGAUGUAUUCUUGAGUUUUAGAGGUGAAGAUACUCGCAAUAAUUUUACUGCCCAUCUAUAUAAUGCUCUAGAUCGAAAGGGAAUCAACACUUACAUAGACUAUGAACUUAGAAGAGGAAAGGAAAUUUCACAGGCACUUCUCAAAGCUAUUGAAGAAUCGAGAAUUGCGAUCAUUAUACUCUCUCAAAACUAUGCAUCAUCCACAUGGUGCUUAGACGAGCUGAUGAAGAUCCUUGAUUGUAAUAAAACAAGGCAACAAAUCAUUCUUCCUGUGUUUUACAACGUAGAUCCAUCAGAAGUACGACAUCAAAGAAAGAGUUUUGGUGAAGCAUUUGCAAAACAUCAACAUAGGUUUAAUGAUGACAUGAAGGUGCGGAGGUGGAAGGAAACACUCGAAGAGGUGGCCAACUUGUCUGGGUUUCAUUUAGGGAACAGGAACGAAUCUGAAUUCAUCAACGAAAUUGUUGAAGAGGUUUCGAGAAUAGUAAAUCAUAUAUACUUAAGCGUUGCCAAGUAUCCAGUCGGAAUAGAGUCUCAUAUAAAAGAUAUUAAUUUGCUUCUAAGUAUUGGGAUGAAUGACAAACGCAUGAUAGGGAUCCUUGGAGUUGGUGGAAUUGGAAAGACAACCAUCACCAAAGCAAUCUACAACUCAAUUGCUUAUCAGUUUGAAGCUAGAUGUUUUCUUUCAAAUAUUCGAGAAACUUCAAAUCGAGAGGGUGGUCUAAUGCACCUGCAGGAGACACUUCUUUAUGAGAUCUUAGCAGGAGACUCUAAGAAUUUCAAAGUUGGUAGUGUUGAUAGGGGAAUCAAUGUGAUAAAGCAUAGGCUUUGCUCUAAAAAGAUUCUACUGAUUCUUGACGAUGUGGAUAAGUUGGUCCAAUUAGAAAAUCUAGCUGGAGAUCAUGAUUGGUUUGGUUUAGGAAGUAGAAUCAUCAUAACAACAAGAGAUCAAAAUUUAUUGACUAGUCAUGGAGUUGAUUCAACUUACAAGAUGAAUGAGUUGGAUCACGACAAAGCUCUUCAACUCUUUUGUUUACAUGCCUUCAAGAGAGAAAAGCCUAUUGAUGAUUAUGCGGAACUAACAGAAGAUGCAGUACGAUAUGCAGGGGGUCUUCCACUAGCUUUAACGGUUCUAGGUUCAGAUCUAAAAGGUAGAAGCAUACAUCAAUGGAAAUGUGCAUUGGAUAAGCUCAAGAGAAUUCCUAACAAAGAUAUUCAAAUGAUACUUAGAACAAGUUAUGAUGGAUUGAAUGAUAAUGAGAAGGAUAUUUUCCUUGAUAUUGCUUGUUUCUUCAAAACAGAGGAUGUAGAUUAUGUCAUCAAAGUAUUAGAUAGUUGUCAUUUCUUUCCAGAUGAUGGUAUUCCAAGGCUUAUGGAGAAGUGUCUCAUAAGUGUUGAUGAGCAUGGAAAAUUGUGGAUGCAUGACUUGCUACAAGAUAUGGGUAGAGAAAUUGUUCGACAAGAAUCACCUAAAGAACCUGGCAAACGUAGCAGGUUAUGGUUUCAUGAAGAUGUUCGUUCUGUACUAGAAGAAAAUACGGGACCAAACGAAAUUGAAGGCAUAGUAUUAGAUUUACCUGAAGGCGAGGAGGAGAUGAUAAGCUUGCAUCCGGAAGCAUUUCGACAUAUGAAAAGACUUAGAAUCUUUAUAAAUCGUAAUGCACGCUUUUCUUGUGGACCCAAUUAUCUCUCAGAGAAGUUAAGAGUACUUGAUUGGCCUCAAUAUCCGGGAGAGUUUUUGCCACGUAAUUUCAGAGGAAAGAAACUCAUUAUUUUGAGAAUGCGUGAUAGCCUGAUCAAGGAGUUAGGGGAUGGAUUCAAGCCCAAGAAUUUGACUACUAUGAAUUUCAAUCAUUGUGAAUUCUUUGAAAAGAUUCCGGAUCUUUCGAGCAUCUCAAAUUUGAAGGAAUUGAGUGUCAUAUAUUGUACAAGACUAGUUGAGGUGCAUGAUUCCGUUGGAUCUUUGGAAAAUCUUUCUACGUUGGAUUUUGGAGGAUGCUCUAAACUCCAAAUCCUUCCAAGAAGCCUCAAUUUGAGAUCUUUACAUUGGCUUAAUUUUGAUGAUUGCUCAAGCCUUCGUUAUCUUCCUGAAAUCGAGUGUAAAAUGGAAUAUUUAAGUCAAUUAAAUCUAAAGAAUGCCGCAAUAGAAGAACUACCUUUAUCCAUAGGGAACCUCGUUGGACUUCAGGGUCUUUCCAUGUGGAAAUGUGAGAAACUUGAAGAAUUAAUAGAGCUUCCACCAAAUAUAAGACACGUAAAUGUUAGUGGAUGCAAGUCAUUAGAGAGAUUUUCGGAAGUAUCAAAAAUAUUGGAAUUCAAUGGAAGCCACAUCAGAUCGCUACAAAGAAUUGAGUUGUCCGGUUGCGACAAAAUGCAUGUGAAUAUAUGGAAUGAUAAAGUGCAAAAUCCAUUAUUGUGGAAGGGAUUCUAUGAAUAUGAUGCUACUUUGUUUCCAGAAUAUCAGAUUCCAGAGUGGUUGAGUUAUGUUCAUGAGUUUUUAAAAGAUAAUGAUGAUGGCAGACAGAGGGGAGAAGAAGAGUGGGUAUUAGAUAUUGAGGGGCCACACUAUUUGGAGGAUAUAAGCGGAAUUGUAUUAUAUCAGGUAAUGUUUUUGCAAGAUGCUGAAAGCUGGAGGAAAUAUAUUGGUUGUAGUGCUAAGAUAACCACUAACGGCUCAAAUCAUGUAUGCUGUAUUAAAGAAGGAGUACUAUUGGUUAAUAUGGAUUUGGACAGUGCAACGGAAAAUACGCCUGGAUAUGUUGUAUGGGAGGGGUACUCCAAUUUACAAUCUUUUGAACUAAAGGUUUUGGACAAUUUGCGAGUUCAAUUUGAUAGUUUCUAUGAGAGGAAGGUGCCGUUUUAUAAAAGUUGCAGAGCCAAAGUGGUAUACAAGAAUGAAAUGAGAGCAAAAAAAAUGGAUGAAGAAAGUAAGUCACCCCUGCUCUUUUGA